AUGCCAAAGGAGAGACCAGUUCCAAGCAACCGGACCAGAGUGUCACCAUACCCACUUCGCUCUACAAGGACUCAGAAAGAACCUAUCGAGGCACCAGGGCCAAGCCAAUGGGAGGAUGUCAUGUGUGUGAUCUGCCAGGAAGUGCCACACAAUGCCGUCCUCCUGCGCUGCUCUUCAUCCUCUAAUGGAUGCCGUGCUUACAUGUGCGACACGAAUUUUCGUCACUCCAACUGUUUCAAGCAGUACCGCAAAAAAAACAUGAGCCGCGUAACCAAGGUCUUGAACUGUCCGUACUGCAGAGGAGAGGUUCAUGAGGCGAUGAAGGUGCAGUCGGGAGGAAGGAGAGCUAUGAAUGCUAAACCGAGGUCUUGCGCUUUCGAGAACUGCAACUUCUCAGGGACAUAUUCUCAGCUUAAGAAUCACUUGAAAGCUGAUCACCCUGGUUCCACCCGACCCUUGGUCGACCAGGAGAGAGUGCGGGCAUGGGAACAGAUGCAGAGAGCUACUGAGCACAAUGAUAUCAUGACUGCAGCUGGUCUCUCGCAUGCCUUGGAGGUUUCCUAUGAACAGCUUCCCAAUGUUCCUCCUCGUCUAGUGAUUUUGCAUUGGGUCAAUGGCGUGGUGCUGAGCAUUUUGCAUUAUGAGCUUCCCAAUAGUCUUCCGCAAAGUUUCGUGGUCCGGGCUGGGGUCAAUGGGGUGGUGCGGGACUAUCUUUUGCGCUUCAACGGGCUUGACACUACUUUGCCUCUCGUGAACAUAAUUCGUAGAUGGACUCUCUGA